AGACGUCUUCUUACUCUAGGUGUCAUGAAAACCCAUUUAACGACGUUGGGCCAAAACAGCUGAAAACUUUUAAAAAGAAAAACUGAGAUAGACGUACACUUUCUAUUUUCUACUCUUCAGAAAAAAGAGAGAACAACAAUACACUCUCUCUCUCAGAACCGGCGUCGAGCACGGAUCGACCUCACCGGACUAUACAACGGUGCUUCCGAGCUCCAGCUUGAGAGGGUUAACGCGUCUACUACAACGAAGCCAGCGGCGGGAGGUAUGUUCCACGCGCGCCGUCCUCAUGGAUCUGGAGCCUGGGACCAUGGACAGCGUCAGAUCUGGACACUGCGGUCAGAUCUUCCGCCCCGAUAAUUUUGUCUUCGGUCAGUCUGGUGCUGGAAACAACCGGGCAAAUCGUCAGUACACCGAGGGGGCUGAGUUUGAUCUAUUUGGUUCUCGAUGUGGUGCGAAAGGAGGCGGAGAACUGUGGCUGUUGCAAGUUUGUAGGAAGAUGACAUUUUGGUUUCAAAGAAUCACUGGAGUUAGCUUGUGCAGAGGUAUUGGAAGCAUGUGGUUGAAAACAGACUUAGAAAUUGUGGUGGAAUCAGAUGCAGAAAGCUUAAGUUCAAGGCUGUCUACAGAGGCAGAAUUAAAUUAAGGGGAUGAUUCAUGGUAUUCAAUCUCUUCCGAGUUAACUAGAUAUUGUGAUAUUUGAUCCCAAUAUCAAACUAGGGACUGAGGGCCUUUGAUCCCACGUCGUAAAAUUUACAUUGUUUUUUUUUUCCCAACUCUCAAUUAGCUAACUUUGAUUUUGACACCA